AUGUCAAGUACGCCGGAGCUCGAUCCAGCGCAACAACAACCACCGCCAUUUCCGCCGAUAAUCCAAGAACAGGCGUACAAAUCUCAUUCGGGUCAUGGGUCUGUGGGACCCGUAAUCGGUGUGCUGGCGGUGAUUAUGGUUUUGGGUGCGGUGGCUGUCAUGAUAGGCAGGUUGUGUUCCGGUCGGCGGAUCAUGGGUCACGGGCAAUACGAUUUUGAAGGGUGGGUGGAGACCAAAUGCUCCACGUGUAUCGAUGGGAGGCUCGGCCCUCCUCCGCGGCGGGAGCCGGUGCCUGUGGUGGUGGUGGAGAGCAGCGGGAGCAAUGUCUCGUCGAGUGAAACGGCCACCACCGCCGCUCCGCCGCCGCAGGAAAUUCCGGCCGACGAAGUGCCAUCACAGGUGGAAGAAGUGGCUCGUCAUCAAGAACAACGGAAUCUACAUGAGGCAUGA